AUGGCUGUUCCACUAGUUUUUAAUUGUCACUUAAUUUGUUAUGAUGACUUUGGUCCUGAUGAACUAUGUGUUAGUGUUAAAUGUGGACAUGUAAUGCAUUCCAAAUGUAUAAAUGAAUGGAUAAAUAAACAGAAUACUUGUCCUUACUGUUCCAUUUCAACAACAAUACAUGAUAUUAUUCAAAUAUACUAUGACGAAACAGUUAGUGAUUUAUUUUCUGGGUAUUAUAAAGGAAAAUACGAAAAAUUGCAAAAACAAAUUGAAGAUGAAAAAGUAAAAAAAAGUGAAACAUUAGAAAAAUAUACGUACGAAACAGAUGAUACAGAAAAAGAUUUAAACAUUCAAAUAAUAAAACAGAAAAAUAAAAAGCUAACCAAUUUACUAUAUUACAAAAUUGCAAAUGAAUCCAAAUUCAUAAAUCAAGAUGGAUUAGAGAGUUUGGUUCAAAUGGAAAUUGCUUCAAAAACUGAACAAAUUGAUUUUCUUAAAUUACAACUUUUACAAGAAAAAGAAAAAUCUGAUUCUAAUAUAAAAGAAAUUCUAUAUCAAGUAAAAUUUCAUGAAUUAGAAGAUAAAAUAAAAUAUCAAAAAGAAGAGAAGAAUAAAUGUCUUCAAAAAAUGGCUAAUCUUCAGUUAUUAUGUAAUAAAUUAAUUAAUGAAAACUAUAUAUUACGUGAAAAAUAUUUAACAAUAGAUGCUUGUCAAGAAUUAAAAAAUAAAAUUAAAAGUCAAACUGAAAUUAUUAAUAGUCUUACAAAAGAAAAUGAAUACUUAAAAAGGCAAAAACAAAACUACAAUAAAUUAAUUCAAAAAAUUAAUGAAAAAGCAGAUCAGAAAUAUCGUGAUUUGUAUAUUAAAUAUCAAGAUCUUAAAGUAACUUCAGAAGCAAUGGAAUCUAAAUCAGAAUUAUUUGAAAAAAAAGAAAAAGAUUUUUAUGGAUUUCAUAGAAAUAUAAUUCUUCUUGCAAAUAAACUAGUACCAAUUGAUAUUAAAACAGAUGAUUCAUUACGAUUAUUUAUGAGAGAAAAAGUUAGUUUAAAUUCUGAUUUAUGGAAAAAAGUUUCAGAUACUAUUUUCAACAUAUAUAAAAUACUUACAAGAGUAAUGGAAAUGGACAUUCUUAUGCAUGAAAGUGCUGGAAAAGAACAUUCACAUUCAUCAAAAGCAUUUAAAAAAAACAAUAAUUUAUUUUAA